AUGAGAUUCUUUCAUCUACUACUUCUGGUUGUGCUUUUACUGUUCUGCUGCUCCUUCUCCACAGCCCAAACAACUAACAGUACCACUCCAUCCUACACCAUCACAAGAGAUUUUGCUAAUGCUGUCGAUUAUGCUGUUUCACAAAUGAUUAUUGACAGUGAAUUUCUUCAAGGUAUGAACGAUUUAGGGAUGAUUUUCUCCACCCCAUCCUGUUCAGCACUUCCAUAUUCCAAACUAUCCAUCCCAUCUGCUCCCACAACUCUCAAUUUACCAAGAACUAGUCCACUAAUUCUCUGCUAUGAACACGACGCCACUUUCAAUUGGCCAAAAGUCCACGAAUUGGCAGGAAAAAUCCUAAUUCGAAUUUUGAACAACAAGUACAAUAGAGACAUUGCCUAUACCUAUCAAAUUGUGAAUACGACAGCUUUAGGAUAUUUCAAUGCAUUGAAAGCUCAGGUCGAUAGUGGAGCAUGUGAUAUUGCAAUUGCUUCGACUAAUUUCGAUUCUAUUCGUUUGCCACUGGUUCAUUUCAAUUGUCCAUAUGGAACUUCAAGUCCUGGAUUUUUGAGAUCUGCAUUGGAUAAUGGAACUGUCAUUAUUAAUUCAGAAUCUGACAUUGAUAAUUAUAAUGUGACAGUUUUGACAUAUAAGGGAAGUUCGUAUGAUAAUUAUGUCAAGGCAAAGUAUAAGAAGGCUACAUUGAAUAGUAUUGCAUCUGGAUAUACUGAGAUUUUCGAAAAGAUUUUAAAGAAAGAAGCUCACAUUGUGGUUGCAGAUGCAACUGAUUUGGCUGCCUUCUUGAAAUCGAAUAAGGAUGCUUGUGGACCAUCAUGUUUUUCAAAGAUUUUUGGAGAUCCAUUCGCAUUUGGACCUUUUAUUACUAAUAAUAUUAGAGAAUCGAGUGCCUGGUCAGUUUCGAAUAGUUUCGUAUACCAAAUUUUGACUCUUACUUUGCUAGUUUUGUUUUCAAUUUUGUAA